AUGUCGCGCGAGCCAGAGAAAUCGGCAGAAGUCCCUAUCAGCAACAGCAUGCUGAAUCCCGAGCUUGAGAAACAAGAAGAACACGAUCUCAACGACCAGAGUCCUUCAGGGAAGACUUCCCGCGACCACAGCCCUCAGCCCGAGCCCGCCAAAGCGCCGUACAAUCCCUGGGCGGAUCCAGCUUCGUUUCCCGAUGGUGGAGGGCGUGCCUGGCUCACUGUAGCCGGUGCUGCAGCAUGUUUCUUUGUCUCCUGGGGAUGGAUCAACUGCGUGGGGAUUUUUCAGGAGUAUUACAUGCGGAAUCAACUGUCAGCAUACUCCGCUAGCACCAUUGCAUGGAUCCCGUCGGUGCAGACUUUCUUCAUGCUUUUCUCUGGGGUAUUCGCAGGCAAGAUAUUCGAUGAUUAUGGCCCCAAAUCCCUAUUGAUCAUCGGGACCUUCCUGCACGUCUUCGGCCUCAUGAUGGCCUCCAUCUCGAAGGAGUACUAUCAAUUCAUGCUCAGUCAAUCUGUCUGCUCUGCGAUCGGCUCGUCAUUUGUCUUUACCGCAGGAGUCUCUUCCGUCCCAACGUGGUUCUUCAAGAAGCGAGGCAUGGCCAUUGGUCUCGCUGCCUCAGGAAGUUCGCUGGGUGGAGUCCUGUUUCCUAUCAUCGUCAGUCGUAUGAUCCGUCAAACAAGCUUUGGCUGGACAAUGCGCACCUGUGCCUUCCUCGUCCUGGCUCUAUGUUCUUUCGGCAUCCUCACAGUCCGCAGCCGAAUCCCACCUACCAAACGCCCAGUCACUGUGAUGGCCUUCAUCCGUCCACUAGGCGAAAUGCCGAUGCUGCUCACCGUACUGGCCACAUUCGUCUUCUACUGGGGAAUGUUUCCAAUCUUCAGCUUUAUAACGGUGGUGGCUAACGGACGCGGCAUGUCGCUCGGACUGUCUCAAUACCUCGUUUCAGUCCUCAACGCGGGAUCUGUGUUUGGUCGAACAUUGCCUGGAAUACUUGGCGACAAGAUUGGUCGGUUCAACGUCAUGAAUAUGUUCUGCCUCCUCACUGCCAUUCUCAUUUUGGGCCUUUGGAUCCCUGCCGACUCGAAUGCAGGCCAGUUGGUGUUUGCUCCCCUGUUCGGCUUCAGCUCCGGCGCUGCCAUCGGCCUGACACCGGCUCUGCUGGCACAGAUUUCACCUAUCAGAGAGAUCGGCAUCCGGACAGGGACCGCAUUUGCUGCAGGCUCGAUUGCAGCACUGACUGGUGCUCCGAUCGGCGGCGCACUGAUAGCUCGUGACAAUGGCGGCUUUCUCUACCUUCAGCUAUUCAGUGGCUGCACUUGUCUUCUUGGCUGUUUCAUUUUGAUGCUUGCGAGGAUCAACGUUGGAGGGACAGGCCUAAUGACAAAGGUCUGA